AUGUCAAAUAGGGGGCCUUGGAUAUCUAGACGACUAAGUUGGCUUCUUAGGCACGGGGACCCGAAAAUUACCAACCUAAUAUUUCGUCCUGAUGGAUAUGUCGAUAUUAAAGAUAUUUUAAGGUUUAUUAAAGGCUUAGAACUAGAAGAUAUUUUACAAAUAGUCAAAGAUGAUUGUAAGCAACGAUAUUCUGUAUGUAAAAUUGGAGAUAUUUUAUAUAUUAGAGCAAACCAGGGACAUUCCUUAAAUUUCAUCCAAGAUGAUCUCUUAUUAAGUCCAAUACUAAUUUCACAAUUAAAAUCUUUCCAGGAUAGAAUAAUUGUUCAUGGUACAUAUAUCAAAAAUUGGGAAUUGAUAUUUAAUAGUGGAUUAAAGAGAAUAGGUAACCGUCAACAUAUUCACUUUAUUCCUCUGAGUAAACUUGAAAUAGAACCAUCUAGACCAGACUUUGAAAUUAAGAUGACAAAUAACGAAUAUACAAAUAUUGACUUAUUAGUUAGCUAUUUAAAAGGUUAUAAAUGCACUAAAGUAUGUGGUAUUAGGCCUGCAUGUGAAGUACUGAUAUUUAUUGAUAUUUAUAGUAUUUUAAAUGAAAGCAAAGAUAUAAAAUUCUUUUGUUCAUCAAAUAAUUUAGUUUUGACUAGAGGAGAUUCUGAGGGUAUAUUAGAUCCAAACUUUUUUAUACUGACGAUUGAUCUAUUAAAUGGAUUUGUUCUACACAAUAAAUUAAAUAAAUCCUGUUUAGAAUGGCCAUUAAUAACCUUUUUAUCUAAAUUUUUGUUAGGAAAUGGAAAUAUAAAUAAUAUAGGAUAA